AUGCGAUCCCCCUGCUUCACCAUUCCACUCCUGCUCGCUUCCGCCGCGCUCAUCUCGACUGUCCGACGCAUCGAAGCUCAACUCUUGCCAACUCUUGAUACCAGAUCGGACGGUCACUUCAACUGUCACUUGUCCCUCUCAGAUGCAUCUGGCCAGUCGAACAAGUACGAUCUGACCCUCUUGCCCUCGCCCAUUCAAAUCGUUAGCGAGACCGCCACACCUCCAUCCACCACGCUCACAGAAAUAGCUCUGAGUCUAUGCCAUCCUCUACCUGACCAUUUGAGCGACAGACGGAGAAGGAGCUCUGCUGAGAAUCAUUGUGGACCAGAUACAAGGGUCUGCACCAAAGUGUCCAACGUGCUAGAUGGAAAUCUGAGAGUGACCAACAUUCUGUCUAGCGCUGGAUCGGUCGGAAGAGCGGCAGAGGUGGAGUGGAGCGCACAGCUGGGACACGAGCUCAGUAUCGGUAGCGGUAAAGAUGUGGAGAGGAGCGUGAUGCUGUCUCUAGCAGGUCAGAUGUAUGCGGGCGUCAAGCAACACACUCACAUUGAGUUCUUUUGCGAUCCCGAUGCUGAACCGGUAAGUCGAGAUCCGCACACGAGCUUGUCUGUCACGCCCUCCAACUUACAGCCGCCCUGAUCACCAUCUCUUGCUACAUCUGCAGGAGAGUAAGCCAACGCUCAAAUCUCUCGACGUUCAAGCUGGCAACCUCUCGCUCGCCUGGCACACUCCUUUUGCAUGCGCUCAUCGACCGCUUCCGGAUCCGUUGCCAACCCCGCCGGACGAAGACAAGGGGCCGCAAGCACCUUCAGACAGGGACCCUGCAUCAGAUGAAGAGACAAAAGCCGGCUGGGGCUGGCUCACGUGGAUCGUCGUUCUGGCUCUUCUCGGUGCGGUGGGCUGGCUUGCCGUUGGAACUUGGCACAACUACAAUCAGGUAAGUUGUAUCAGUGAGAUCUGCGUUAGGCUGGAUCGCCUGCUUAUGAUCGCGACCCCUCGCGUCGUGAUCGCUCAGUAUGGCGUUGUGCGUUUGCCCGGAGCCGCCACCGACCUGGCUCGAGAGGCGCCGUACCUGGUGAGUGUGCUCGAUGUGCAGUGUCUCCUGGUACCUCAUUCGAUACUGAUCGAGCAAACAACCCCUGCAGGUAAAAGAGUUCGCUCGACACGUUGCUGCUACGCUAUCAAAUCUUGGUUUGGGAAAUCGCAACAGCGGGCGUGGAGGAUACGAACCUGUAUGA